AAUCAAAUGAUCUGAAUUGAACAUUCAAGAUCCUAGAAGUCAAUUAACCACCCCCUCACCUCAAGCUACACAACAAACAACCAUCCCAAAAUGCAUUCCCACCUCCACACCCCCUACAACGCAAACUGCGAAGAAAUCAUGACGGCCCUCGACGAAUGCCACGCGCGAGGCUUCCUACACAAAGCCCUCGGCGGAUGCAAUGACGUCAAGCGCGACGUGAACAAGUGUCUGGCGGCGGAGCGGUAUCUGCGCGCAAAGCGGAACCGGGAUCAGGCCAAGGAGAAUCGGAAGAAGAUUGAGCGCAUUUGGGCAGAUGAGAAGGCCUUGGAGGAGGGGGGGGCGGGGCCUGCUGCUGCUGCUGCUGCUGCGGGUGCGGGUGGGAAAUAGGGUUGUGCUGGGUGUGGGUGCUGCUAAGUGGUAGGAGGUGUGUAGGAUAUGGAUGUAUGAUUGAUUGAUUGAUUGGGUGGGUGCAUGUGGGAUUGGCGUUUGGGGGAUCUCUUCUUUGUUGUCUUUGUUGGGGUAUAUAUUACUCUGUAUGUGUGUCUCUCUCUCUUUGGAUUGGGGGAGGCUGUACAAUAUCAUGCUUGAUGUGUUAUGAUGGGGUUACUGUCAUUGGUGUAGUGCGAAUGUUGAGUAUCUUUCUAUCAAUAUCAGAGUAACUACCUAUAC